AUGCCGCCUCCAAGGCGAUCAAAAGCUUCUGGUUCAGCCUUCAUCAACUGUCCUCCUCCACCAGAGAACGACUCUGAAGCCCAUACUCUUGGCAUCUACAAACUUUCGAUUACCCAUCUCCCCCAUAUACGAUCGAUUCCCCAAACAGAGAACCACUCGAGUAUGAUGUACAGCAGCACGAUGGAACCUGGUUCCGUGUACCUUACAAGGAUCUGCGUAAUGAGGAUGCACUUCGCCUUAAGGAACAUCAUUUUGGAUUGCCGUCUGAAGUAGCGUUACAUACAAUUGAUGGCAUAGCUCUAUUGUCUCUACUUCGGAGACAACCAAUUUCAUUGAGUACACGACAAUUCACAAAGAUUCAACGUAUUCAGACCGAAAUUGGGUUCUACAAACACGCAAGACCUUCAGGUCCUUACACGGUAUAAUACUCUUCUACAUUAGUUGGGAUUCAGUAAUCCUACGUAUAAUCAUACGAUCCGUUCUCUUUCGGAGUGCAAGGUCAGAAUUGCUUUGAAGAACCAAAAGGCGCGCUUGCAACAAGUAAGUUCCCUCCAGGUUUGUUCGCUUAGCAAAUUUAUCCUACCCGUAUCUACAAUACGCUAAUUGUCUUUUUGCUCCACAGGAAUUUGCCUUCUACCGUCGCCCUAUGCCUCCAACUCUCGAUCCGGAGCAUAAGUAUUCAUGGGCUCAAUGGAUGAUUGACAAUUCGAUCACCGAUCAAGACAAGAAGCGCUCGAAGUCAUUUUACGAUGUAGAAAUGAUUUUACGAGCUUCCGUACAUGCUAUGGCACCAGAUGAGAUUGGAAAGUUGCAGGAAUAUCUCGAACUUGGCCGGAAGGGAUGCGAUAUCCAAGAGUGGUUUGAUAGUAGAAGGAACAUCCCCCCUGAUACUGAAUCCGUACCUAGUAGGUUAUCUAUAUCGAAUUCUCCUUUACUCCUGUUAACACUCUAGGCACAAAUUCUAGUUCUACAGGCAAGAGAGAUCGGGCCCUGUCUAGCUCUAACGACUCGGCAAGCAACCCGCGUAAGCAACACCGGAUCGUUUGAAAUUAUGGACUUUGGGAUAAAGUAGAGUAAUGAAGCCUUUCUACCUGUAUACGUAAUUUGACUUUGAAAUGUAGUAAAUUAAUG